CGGAAGUGAAAGACCUGCAGGCAAUUCGGGGUUUGACGCCGAGUUAGUGGGAGGAGAGCGAUCCUGCCCGGAAAUCAAAGGCCUCGUGAUUGCCGUCAGGAGCGGUUGUCGCUUGGAAGCUCGAAGAGGGAGAGAGGUUUUCGCCGUCCGGACGGGGAGGGAGAGACCCCUUUUUGACGGAGAGGCAACAGACCGCAGCUCGGGACUCUGCCUUCUCGGGGCGCAGAAGGAAAAGUCGCUGCCUGUCUUCUGGCGCGGGCGGCAAGAGGAAAAAGGGAAGCUCGCUAGUUUGAGUUGGACCGGGGAGGGAGUAGGGCACGUAACAGUCGCAGCAAGCCAAGGCGUAGAAAGAGGGACCCCGGUAGACCAGAGGGACUGCGGAGCAGCGGAUUUAUAAGCUCGCAACGUGGGGAGGCCGAGGGCCCCGAGAAACAACCGCGCGCGGUGUAUUGUACGGAGUAGAACCGCGUACAACGGCUGGAGCUGGGGAGCUCCGCCACGGGCCUGGCGAGCUUGUGAGCAGCCCGAGAUUCGACCGGCUGUGGCGGGUCUCAAUACCUUCUUCCCCAUGUGGUUGGCAGCGACGCCGGACGCCCCGAAAUGAAGCGAGCCGCACAGCUGCGGCAGGUCUCCGACUGGAGCGACUUCGUUCGCGGCCACGGCCUCCGGGAACUGCUGGACCGGCGCCGUCCGGGAGAGGCUCCCAGCCGCAUUGUGGCCACCCCUGACGGGCAACAUCUGCUCCUGCUGUGGAACCAACCGGCCUCCCCGGCUCGGCUCGUGGCCUUCCAGCGCCUGGGCAGCGAUGCGGGCGAUCUGGAGCGGAGCUGGCAGCCGCCUCAGCCACCUGUGGUCGGGAUCCUUUUCCUGGGAAGCUGUGGGGGGGGCGCUUUCUGGGUGCUGACUGUCGUCUGGGAGCAAGGCAGGACUGAGCUCUGGCGCUUUGUGCCUGCGUCCGGGUGGCGCUUGCUGCAGAGUCUGGAGCUGUGCUGUGGCGCCCGGGCUCGGAUUGUCUCCAUUUGCAACUGGGGCAGCCGCCUAGUGUGGUGUGAGGAGAGACCCCCGCUAAAUGUCCAGCAGACCCCAGAGAAGAGAGCCUUCAGGUACUGUAUCUGCACGCGAGACCUUCACAUUAGGGAGAACGUUGCCCAGCUCAGCCCCCUGCAGAUUGUCUUGCACAACAGCCCUGCUUACCAAGUGCUGGCCGCCGCCUCUGGUGCAUUUCUGGUGCCCACACCAGCCACUUUCCCUGGUGUGGCCAAGUGUGUCCUCAUCUGGCGGUGGGAAAACACUGACAUUGUUGUUGCUGCUGCUCCAUCCAGAGGGUGCAUUUCCACUAAAGUAUUGCAUCCUGGCAGGGAAGUGGACUUUAAGAAACUCAUCUUGGGAUAUGUGGGAAUUCUAGCAUCCAUGGAGAUUUUGGAUAUUCAUAGCUGUAGCCUGUCAACCAGCAAAGGGCUCCUCCUCGUCACCAGCUCAGGAGCUGUGGACUUGGUUCAACCCAACGGACUGUGGAGACAUGUCUUUGACUUUGGAGGAACUGCCUUGACCCCGGGGGAGGAGGUCCAAUUAAAAGUAUUUGGGGACAUGUUUGCUUGCUUGCUGGGAGGCAUUCUUUAUCUCGUGGACUUGAACAGUAGACAGCUGCUGGAAAAGAAACUUCUGAGCACAGAAAUGCUUUUCUUGGAUUUCCAUGCAGAGGAAGAAGAGACAGCAGUGGUGCAGCUUCUUGGCCCAAAUGGCAUUUACCACCUUGACUUCUCUGGGACUGACAACGACAGCCAACCUGAGCCCACCUUGGUGGAGAUGGUCUUUGAAGAAGCAUGCAAGUAUUAUCAGCGGCGGAGUCUCAGCAGCUCCCCGCUCACUGUGGAGAAGCUAAAGAAGGGUGGCAUGUUUCAGGCUCCCAUUGCUCUUUCUUCCAUUCUGUGCCAUAGCCUUGCUUCAAAGGAUAAGAGGACUGGGGCCCUCCCAGAGCCUUACGCCAAGCUUUUGAGCACCAUGCAGUUAGAAUUGCAGAGCUACCAGAACCUGGAAUUCCUCAAGUCAUGUCUGGUUGGGGCCUCCAAAAGUGAGGUGGACAGCUAUGGUGAGGAGUUGGUAGAACAGGAGCUUAACCGGCUUCUACACCUGGAUUUGAACAGGGAGAACCUGGUGUACAUGAACUCCAUAUUCAAUUCUUUCCCUGUGGCCUCCUGGAAGGCUGUUCGGAACCAUCUGCAACUGCAACAGAAUGGUGAUGGCCUGUUGAUAGCCAGAGCCACCCCAGACGUGUGGAAGAAAAUUCUUGGGGGGCCUGUGCCCAGUCUGAGCAAGCAAGAGGCCUCUCUGAAUGGGGUUGUCCCCCUCUUUGAACUCAUCUGUUUGUCUCUUUAUCAGUUCAAGCCUAAAUGGCUGCCUAGGUUUGUGGAGCUAUCCCAGCAGUAUGUGGGUACCUCUUGGGCCUACAACAAGGAGGGUCCUGAGGGUGGGGUGCCCCUUUAUAAGAGAGCCCUAGCUGUACUGGCAAGGAAGAGUGGCUGCUCUGUAGCCUACACAGAAAUGGAGAUUGAGCUCCUUCUGUGCAGCCAGCGGCCCAAAGCCAUCCUACAGGCCUUGGACCUCCUUAUUCGCCACAGGAGAUGGCAGCGUGUGAUGGAUACAGCAGAGAAAUUCUCCAGGCUAAGCCCUUUGCUGAACAAAGAAAUGUUUAUUGUCCUCCUGGGAGAGUUUGCCCAGCAUAGGGCACUGGACCCUCACUUGGACAGGUUAUGGGAGCUCUGCCCUGCAGAUCUGAGUGCUUCUGACAUACUGACCAUUAUUCAACAGCAUUUACCCCAAACAGAACUGGACCACCCACCCUUUCUUCCAGGUGGGGCACCACAACUGACUGUUGGCUUGCUCAAGCCACUGUUGCACCGACUGGCACGUUGCUCAGCCGGCCAGGAUGAAAUCUAUGCUGAUGUCUUACAAGGGCCAUCUUUUCCUCCUCCAACCCCACCUAGGCACCAGCAAAUUGCUGCGAAGACAGCUCCUGCUCAGGAGGAGCAUGUGCAAAGGACUGAGCCCCUUCACAACCACACACAAGGCACAUUGUCUGAGGGGAUGUAAACCUGGCACAAGAUAAAAGUGUGGAGGUGGGCAAAAGGGGAUCUAUAGCAAUUGGUCCUGGCAAAAUCAGGAUCUGCAGCCCGUGUAUCCCACUUAGGACCUGCAUCGCCAAAAUGUCCUUGCCACAGUGGGUGACAAACCCCAAAGUCUUUUGAACUGCCAAGAGGUAUAUUUGGAAGAAUGCAAAGCUGUUUUUACAGCAGGGGUUUGGGUACCUUAAAUAAGAGUUAAAGUGCAUGCAAAAGAAUUAUAUUGUUGUUUAUAUAGCAAAGUGACAUGAAGAUCUACUUCAGAUUAUGUUCUCAGCCUUUCAUUAAUAAUGCUGGUGCAAUUUUUAAUCUCCUUGUACAUUUUGGUAAACGUCAGUUCAUAUUCAUAAGUAAAAUUUUUGCACAUGGGCUUAGUGACAUGGGGAAAUUGCCUGGCUUUGACUCAGUUUAAGGCAUGUUCUCAAACCCACAUCACUAUGCUUUAGUGUCUGCAGCUGUUGUUAUCUAGUGCAGGGAUUGUUUCCUAGUACUGUGCUAGUGUAUUGGGGGCAAAGUUUCACUGGCCAAGAUUAUUUCUUCCCUGAAAUUAAAGUUUGAAACUCCCUAAUGAAGAGCAUGUGAGUUGCCUGCUUCUCUAACUGGAGCCUUGUGCCUUGGAGGCAUCACAGUCUGUGCAUGAAUAUGCAAUGUUAAUGUUAGACAGGGCGGUUCCAGCUAUUUCCACUGUGCAGAUACAUAUACACACACCUUUGUCCCUAAUGGUGGCCUUAUCUUUUGCUUUUUUAAAAAAAAGUGGCUGUCAACAGUGGGGGCUGUGAGGUUCUCUUGCAUAGUCUGUGCCUUGUGCAUUUGCAGAGGAAUGUAGCUAGUGCCUAAUUUGAUGCUUUGGGCCCCUGGUGGCUUAAGAUUCAAGCAAAUACUCUUCUGUUGGGAAAUGAAGAUGGGACUUUGUGUGUAAAAUGUGAGCAUGCUCAGCCCUUGAUGCUUAUCAGCACCUCACAGUUCCCUUGUACCACUGGGGUUGAGAAGAUCCCAUUACAACUGUAUAUAGCUAGGGAGAGUUAACCACUGUAGCCUUCCACCAUGGAUGUGAAGAUGGAAUGGGGGGGGGGGAAGAACAGUUACAAGCAGGAGUAACUUUUUACAAGAUGGGGAAAAGCUACUUUUUAGUUGUUAGCAUUUGUUUUAAAAGGCAAAGGCUCCCUGAUGUGGUUCUAAAUGGGGAAAUGGUUUGACUACAAGGAAAUCUCUGCGCAUUUCAGUUCUGUUUGAGGAAAGGGUUGAUCAGCUGCUCUGGAGCCAACACGGAGUGUACAGGACUGUCUGGGUUCUUUAGGGACACAUGGUCAGGGAGCUGUUAUAUUCUAGGAUGCUGGUCCUUUUUAUCUCUUCCCAGCUUGCUGAAUUUGUCGGGUAACUGUUUAUUAUGCAAAUACUGCUUCAUUAGACAAGACCCUGCGCUAAUAUAGAGCUUCUUAGAGUCCAAGCAAAUCUAACUAGACCCACAUCCCCUGCAGCAUCACAGUAACUGUGCAUGCCCUGUGCUGAGUGAUUGCUGUUUGUUUACUGCUAUGGGCCCCCACCCCUUGGUGCUGGGGGGGAUGACAGGGUAAUUAGUGCAAUACACAGAAAGUUCUGGUCCUUGUUCCACUUCACCUCUAUUGUUAUUAGUUUAACAACUAGAAUCAGGAGGCUGGGUUUGGUGAUGGUAGCGCCAUGGUAUAUAUUUGUGUCUUAUCGUGGUGAAUAAGUUCUCUUUUGAGCCCUCUGUAAUGAAGAGCACAAGUGCCUGCCUUGUCCAUAUAUGCUGGCUGUGUUUCAUACUAUUUCCUGAUGUUUACAGGUGAGCUGCACAUGCUCAGAGAUCCCACAGAUUCACUUAGCCUAGUGUUAAGUGUUUGGUGGGCCUUUCUCAACUGAAACAAAACAUCUCUUGGAUGCAGGCCUAUCAGUAGGAAGUCAAAGUACAAUAACUCCUUUUCUUUUCCCAGCUGUUUGUGAAGUUUCAUUCUCUUUCUCUCUCUGCAAUGGGACUCUGGGCUUCACAAGUUUUGGGAACUCCUGAUUACAAUAGGGUCUCUAGCAUGUGGGUAUCUGUGCAAGAAACUAUCCAUAUGAUUUCUUUGGAUGAUACAUAUCCUAGCUGUGCAGAGUAAUUUUGCAGAGAAAUAGCUUUUAUGCUAAUCCUGAUAAAUAAGUUUGUUUUCAUGCAAUACUUGGUUUCUGAAGCUAUUUUUGUGUUCUGUAUGCAGUAUUAAAAGCGGAUGAACAAUCAUAGAGAACUCUGACCCUCGCUCGAAAGCACCUGGCACAUAUAUUGUGGGCACUCAGUUGUGCAUUUUCCCCUCUGAGCUGUUGAGCCAAACUUGGCACUAUUUGUUAAUGAGGAACAACUCUAGCAGAGAAAUUGCUGUGUGAGUCACAAAACUUCCUACCAUAAGAAAACCAAUAAUUGCUUGAAAGGGCUAGCAUAUUGUUCUGCUACCAAUAAAUGCACCUUUGUCUUCUGUGUUAGAGAAAGCUGUGUUGGCAGCUACCCAGUUCCUUUUCUGAAAGGGGGGAGGGGGAGAGUCACUGUCUCCCUUUUCCUCUAGUAAAGAAAAGUGUGACGUUGACCAGAAAUAAGGUAGUAGAGAUGAUGAAGCAAGGAACCAGACAGAAAUAAUAGACCACUGCUACAACAGUAGGUAUAAACUAGCCUGAAAUGAAGUCUUGUGCCAUUAGGGAAGUUGAUGUUUCUUACCUCACUAGAUUUAUAAGCAGAGGCAUUUGAGGAUUAAUUUAAUGCUUCAGAAGUUGUUCUUCCCAUGGGCUGUUUUUAGCUUAUGGCAGUCUCGAAACUGUAAGAAAUAGAUUUGGGAGAGGGGUUUCUGCUGCUGAAUUAGCACUUGCCACUGAAGGGGGGGGCAUGUCAAGACCAUACUUAACAGCAGAAUUUGCCAUCAUUACAG